GGCGUUCGAAGGGGCCCAGUAGUCUCUAGUCAUCAAUACGACAGCGUUACUACGACUGGAUCAUUGUGCAUAGUGACGUCACACUUUUUCUCUCUCUUUCUCAAUCGCCACCUUUUGUCAGGAUGAAGACGGAAGUCCUUCUUCUCCUGAUUUGCAUCGGAGCUGUGACUGCGCUAUCCAGGAAGCAAGAGGCUGCCGAGCAAAGCCGUCGGAAGGUCUCUGCGGCUACGAAACCUCCUCCAAAGAAACAAGAGGAGGAGGAGGAAUACGAGGAUGAUGAGGACGACCAGUGUCCGGAGCCCAACGGUUACUUUCCGGACGCGGAGCAAUGCGAUAAAUAUUACGACUGUAGAGACAACAAGAUAACAGAAAAAUUGUGCCCCGACGGUCUCGUCUUCAAUGAUUUCAGCCCGCAGCACGAGAAGUGCGAUUUGCCGUUCGGCAUCGAUUGCUCAAAGAGACCCAAGCUACAGAAGCCACAACCCUCGCCUCACUGUCCCCGCAUGCACGGCUACUUCGCUCACGAGGACUCCAGGAACUGCAACACCUUCUACUACUGCGUAGAGGGCAAGUUCAACAUGAUCACUUGCCCGGAAGGUCUGGUCUUCUCCGAGAAGACCGGCAUCUGCAACUGGCCGGACGAGGCGCAGAAGAAGGGCUGCGGUUCUCGCGAGCUCUUCAACUUCACCUGCCCGAAAGUCGAUGACUCUGUGGCCGCGACGCAUCCGCGUUAUCCCGACACCGAAGACUGCCAGUAUUUCUACGUAUGCGUCAACGGUGAGAUACCGAGGCGAAGCGGAUGCAAGCUCGGUCAGGCGUUCGACGAACGUACUGGAAAGUGCGACUGGGCAAGAAAAAUACCCGAAUGCAAAGACUGGUAUAAGGAUCAACUAACCGACGAACAAUUGGACGCCUUAGAGAAUCCACCGCCCAAGCCCAAGCCUACCGGUGGACCAAGCAGAAGAAAAGGCAGUAGACCAACCGUAUAGAGUCUAGAUUUUAGAUUAAGCAUGUAGGUUUAUAAACAUUUUAUUUUUUAAAUCGCCCUAUUGUAUAAUAAACUUAUAUUUACUACAA